UGAUCGGGUGAGGGCGGUUCUCCUCUUCCCUGUCCUGCCACUCUCGCCUCACUUUCCCCUCAGCCUCUCCCCCCACAAGACAGCGCGGGUCUGGGCUGUGGGGCGGCGCAAGGCUGGUCUGUGCUACGGUGGUUCGUGAGGGUUCAAACGAGGCUUCAUAAUUCAGUAAUUUCAAGAAAGCUUAACCUGUCACAAGAUUAAUUUUUCAUCUCUUUUUUUUUCGUUCCCUAUUGUCCUCUUUUGUUUUCCUUGUUUUCCUCCCCCUCCUCCCCUGUGCUAACCUAACCUAACCUAAACUGACAGAAAGACACUCAUAAAACACAAAAAUCUAAGGAAAUGACUGAGUGUACAUGAUCCAAUCGUCUGUGACUGUGUGUACGUAACUCAAGCCCGUGUCCGUGAAGUGAUCAAGCUAACGUGACGCCUCCAUGUGCACCUAAUUCCAUGUGUGUGUGUGUGAACUUUGCAAGCGUGUGCAUAUAGGUUGAUUAAGACGAUCUGCUGCACACACACACACACACACACACACACACACACACACACACAAACAAACACUAGUGAAAGCCACGUACAUGAAGCCUUGACACACACACACACACACACACACACACACACACACACACACAGCCAGCAAACUCGUGCAAAUGGCCACUUACACACACAUAUACACACAUGCACGGAAGCCACACAUACACAGAACUGAACAAACUGUGAAUUUGUGAACAUAAAACACCAAAAAAAUGCACAUGACGGAGUGGGCAGCUGGCGGCGGCGACGACGGAGGAAGAGGCGGGGGAGGAGAUACAGAAGGACUAGAGAUCGUUGAGGGAGAGGAGAACAUCAUAGACUCAUCGAAGGAAUCCAGUUUAAACCUCCAAUCCUUAACAUUCCUCAACCUCGCCUCUCUGGACGGUAAUUUGAGCGGGUACCUCACACACAACCUCACUCAACUCCUCAACCUUACGCGGGAUUUUGACUUCAGCUUCGUUAACAAGUUCGCGAAUAACCGACGUGUGAGUGAGGCAGCCUUCGCGUCGCUCCUCACCGCCUACGGGUUACUAAUCGUCCUGGGCGCUGCUGGAAACUCGCUUGUUGUUCUCGCUGUAGUCAGAAAACCCGCUAUGAGAACCGCGAGGAAUGUCUUUAUCAUCAACCUCGCUAUCUCUGACCUUCUCCUGUGCUUGGUGACGAUGCCCCUUACCCUCAUGGAGCUCCUAACGCAGUACUGGCCGCUCGGUGACACGCCCUUCGUCUGCAGACUUGUUGGAACGCUGCAGGCCACGUCCAUUUUUGUGUCCACUAUUUCCAUCACGGCCAUUGCGCUGGACAGAUACCACGUGAUCGUGUACCCGACACAGACGUCCAUGCAAAAGGUUGGGGCGGUGAGCAGCCUGUUGGUGGUGUGGGUGCUGGCCUUCCUGCUGGCGCUACCCAACUUCCUGUGGCGCAGUCUGGAGCACCACAGCGUCAAUCUCCCCGGGCUGGAGGUGGUCAGUUUCUGCUUUGAAGACUGGCCUUUUCAACACGGGCGCGCCUACUACAGCGUGGUGGUGAUCCUGCUGCAGUAUUGCCUUCCCAUCCUCACCGUCAGCAUCGCGCACGCCCGCAUCUGCACCAAGCUGAAGUACCGCAUGACCAGCGCCACCACACGAGCCUCACGCACUAGAAAGGAAGACGUGAGGAUGCGCAAGACGAACACGCUGCUGGUGGCCAUAGCGCUCAUUUUCUGCCUGUCCUGGAUGCCGCUCAACCUGUACAACGUGAUCGUGGACUUACACAACCCCUUUGGCGACAACACGGAGCUGAUGCUGGUGGUGUACGCGGUGUGUCACAUGGCGGGGAUGUCCUCAGCCUGCUCCAACCCGCUGCUCUACGGCUGGCUCAACGACAACUUCAGAAAGGAGUUUUUAGAGGUGUUUGAUAUCCUAUGCCCCUGCUGCGCCUGCCCUGCCUCCACCUCACGUAUGGGCAGCCUCAGGACCAGCAGGGGCGGCGGCACGGUCAAGGAUAGCCUGACAGGGGCGGGACAUCAUCACCCAGUUGUCUUGUACACGAAGGCAGCGGAGGAGCAGACUUCAAAUGGUAUCAGCUUAGAUUUUCAAGAGCACGAGGUGACUUUCAUCUCGCAAGUUGUCACCACCACCACUCUCUAG